AUGCCGAUAGCCAAAGAUUUCUUUGCCCUUGUGGCUGGAGCUGGACCCGGCACAGGCCGGUCAAUUGCCCUCCGUUUUGCCAAGCUCUACCCAACCGUACUGCUGGCGCGCAGGAGAGAGAAUUUUGAUGGUAUCGUCAAUGAGAUCGAGGCAGCGGGCGGCACGGCCCUCGGUAUCACUGCCGAUGUCAGCGACCCUGCAGCGGUCCAAGCUGCCUUUGCUACCAUUAAGAAGGAGAUGCCCAAUAGCAAACUUGCUGCCGCUGUCUAUAAUGUCAAUGGAGGCUUUGCCAUGAAGCCCUUUUUGGAUCUCAAGGCAGAAGAUCUCGAGAGCAGUUUGGACGGCACGGUGCGAGCCGGGUUCACUUAUGCGCAACAUUGUUUGCCUCUGCUCCUAGACGCCGUCUCCCAGGCACCGCACCCCCCCUCGCUCAUAUUCACAGGGGCUACGGCUUCACUCAAAGCAUCGGCCCAAUUUGCAUCAUUUGCAGCCGGUAAAUUUGCUCUUCGAGCAUUGACCCAAUCGCUCGCCCGUGAGUUUGGGCCACGCGGCGUUCAUGUUGCACAUGUGAUUAUUGAUGGUCUGAUUGACACGCCGCGUGCGAGGGGAUUUGCCGGUAAAGAUCAAGUCAUGAUUUCACCCGACGCAAUUGCAGAAAGUUAUUGGUACUUGCAUACUCAGGAUAAAUCUGCGUUUACUCAAGAAUUGGACUUGCGACCUCAUUCUGAGAAGUUCUAG